AUGGCGCAAAACAAACCCAACAAGCUCGCCUUCCUGAGCAUGCAGGCACCGCCGGGCUACGUCGCCGGUCUGGGCCGUGGCGCAUCCGGCUUCACCACCCGAUCCGAUAUCGGCCCUGCACGCCAGGCCUCGUCCUCUGCAUCGUCGGCCAAAAAGGACAAGGACGAAGGUCGCGGCGGCGGCGACGACGAGGAAGACGACGGCCGCUACCAGGACCCGGAGAACGAGACCGGCCUCUUUGCGGGCACCGCCUACGAUCGCGACGACGAGGAGGCUGACCGCAUCUGGGAGGACGUCGACCGCCAGAUGGACGAGCGCAGGCGCAAGUUUAGGGAGCAGAGGGAAAAGGAGGAAAUGGAAAAGAUGCGCAAGGAGCGCCCAAAGAUCCAGGCCCAGUUCGCCGACCUCAAGCGCGGGCUCAGCUCCGUCACCGAAGAGGAGUGGGCCGCGCUGCCCGAGGCCGGAAACAUCACGGGCAAGAAGCGCAAGGCCGCCGCCGCAAGAGAGGCGCGCGAGACCCGAUCCAUUGCCAUCCCGGACAGCGUGCUCCUUGGCAAUGCCGCCAGGAAUGUCGUCGAGAGCACCGUCACCGACGACGCCGACGGCGCCGCUUCGAGCGUCCCGGACGGCGCCAUGACUUCGCUCACCGAGAUCGGUUCGGCGCGCAACAAGAUCUUCAGCCACCAGCUCGACCAGGCCUCGUCGUCGUCGUCGAUGGCGUCCGGCAGCGCCUCGACCGUCGACCCCAAGGGCUACCUCACCGAGCUCUCGUCGGUCGCCAUCAAGUCCAACACCGAGAUCGGCGACAUCAAAAAGGCCCGCGCCCUCCUCGAUUCGGUCAUCAAGACCAACCCAAAGCACGCGCCUGGCUGGAUCGCCGCCGCACGCGUCGAAGAGGUGGCGGGCAAGAUGGCGACGGCGCGCAAAAUCAUCCAGCAGGGCUGCGAGCAGUGCCCCAAGAACGAGGACGUCUGGCUCGAAAACGCGCGGCUCAACACAAAGGACAACGCCAAGGUCAUCCUCGCCCGCGCCGUCCAGCACCUCAGCCAGUCGGUCAAGAUCUGGCUCAAGGCCGUCGACCUGGAAAACGACCCCGAGUCCAAGAAGCGCGUGCUGCGCAAGUCGCUCGAGUACAUACCCAACUCGGUCAAGCUGUGGAAGGAGCUCGUCAAUCUCGAGGAGAACCCCGAGGACGCGCGGAUCCUCCUGUCGGGGGCGGUGGGCGCGAUCCCGAUGAGCAUCGAGCUGUGGCUCGCCCUGGCCCGGCUGUCGACGCCGGCCGACGCCAAAAAGGUGCUCAACGAGGCGCGCAAGACGAUUCCGACGUCGCACGAGAUCUGGAUCGCCGCGUGCCGCCUCAUCGAGGAGACUGACGCCAAAGAGGCGCUCGUCGACAAGACCAUGGCCGCCGCCGUCAACGCGCUGCGCAAGGCCGGCGCCGUCCUCAGCCGAGACCAGUGGCUGCGCGAGGCGGAAAAGGUAGAGGGCGAGGGGAGCCCGAUGACGUGCGCGGCCAUCGUCAAGGCGACCAUGGAGCUCGACCUCGACGAGCAGGACCGCCGCACCGUGUGGGUCGAGGACGCCGAGUCGGCGCGCGACAAGGGGUGCAUCGAGACGGCGCGGUCGCUGCUGGCCUACACGCUCAAGGUCUUCCCGGACCGCGCCAACAUCUGGCGGCAGGCGGCGGAUUUGGAGAAGCAGCACGGCACGCGCGAAAGCCUCGAGUCGCUGCUGGAGCGCGCCGUGACCAACUGCCCCAAGGCCGAGACGCUGUGGCUCAUGUACGCCAAGGAAAAGUGGCUCGCCUCGGACGUGGCGGGCGCGCGCGCGGUGCUGAUCCGGGCGUUCGACAAGAACAUCGGCUCCGAGGAGAUUUCGCUGGCGGCGGCCAAGCUCGAGUCCGAGACGGGGCAGAAGGUGGCGGCGGCGCGGCUGCUCGAGCGCGCCCGGAUCGAGGUGGGCUCGCCGCGCGUGUGGCUCAAGUCGGCCGUGUUUGCGCGCAACCAAGGGCGAAAGGCCGAGGCGCUCGACCUCGUCCGGCAGGCGCUGGCCAAGUUCCCGACGUACGACAAGUUCCACAUGAUGCACGGCCAGCUCCUGCGCGCCGGGGCCGCCGACGGGGACGACGACGGCGGCGCCACCGGUGCUGACGCGGCGUCGGGCAGCAACAACCCCAGCAACCCCAGCAACGACAAGAACAUCAAGGCGGCGCGCGAGGCGUACGCCAAGGGCGUCAAGGCGUGUCCGCACUCUACGCCGCUGUGGCUCCUCUCGUCGCGGCUGGAAGAGGAGGCGGGGAUCCAGAUCCGUGCGCGUGCGAUUUUGGAAAAGGCGCGGCUGCUCAAUCCGAAAAACGACGAGCUGUGGAGCGAGUCGGCGUCGGUCGAGGAGCGGAGCGGCUCGGUGGCGCAGGCGCGGACGAUGGUGUCGCGCGGGCUGCAAGAGUGUCCGACGUCGGGGCUGCUGUGGAGCCAGUCGAUCUGGAUGGAGCCCAAGCCGGCGCGCAAGACGCGGAGCGCCGAUGCGCUCAAAAAGACGGGCGACGACGCCCGCGUCAUCUGCACCGUGGCGAGGCUGUUUUGGAACGACCGCAAGAUCGACCAGGCGCGCAAGUGGUUCCAGCGCAUGGUCAAGGCCGACGCGAGCUGGGGCGACGGGUGGGCGUGGUGGUUCAAGUUUGAGCGCCAGCACGGCAACGAGCAGGGUCGCGAGGCGCUGCGGGAAAAGUGCGUCGAGGUGCGACCCAAGUACGGCCGCGUGUGGCAGGAGGUGGCCAAGGAUGCCAGCCGACCCGACCGGGCCAUCGGCGAGGUCCUCGAGGCGACGGCGGACCGACUCGAGGUGGUUACCUAG